AUGGCUUGCGUUACCGGUGGGUGCUGCAGUGCAGCCUACUAUAUCUGCUUAGCCGCUAUCUGCAUCUACCUCUUCGUUUGCAUUCUCGCGGUUCCGCAGUACCGCUUCGUGGCCCUCAUGAUCUUCGCCCUGGUGACCCUGUAUGCCACCUCCGCAUGGCGCCUGCUGCCGUCGGAGCGGCUUGUGGUGCGUGAGAUGGCAGAGGCAAUGGCGAGGCAGCGCUGCCCACUCCCGGCGGUGGCGGUGCCGUUCACGACACCCAUGACGGCCGGCGCGGCCGUCACUCAUCCAUCGUUGGCGUUUCAUGAGCCGUACAGAGGCUCGAUCUGA